AUAUCACAUAAGAAAUAAUACUUUUAGCAAAGAUAUAAAUUUAACUUUAACUAAAGGUAUACAAACUGUAAUAUCCAAAAUUACAAUCGACAGUCCUAAAUUAUUUUUUGAAAUUUAUCAAUGUUUACGUUCUCAAUUAUGUCACAAAACAAAUGCUAUGGAAUUAAUAGAGGCACACGAAGAAUUAAAAGAAACUGUAAUUCAGUGUUUGAAUAAUUUAAUAGGAAAUUGUUCGAUAAACAUUAUUGAAUUGUUUUAUACACGAAAACAUGCUGCUCUAUUAAGUCAUGGAAUUUAUUUAUGUGUCACAAUAGCCAGAUUAGAAAAAUCCAUUUCUUUAAGGUUAUCCGCAAUAAGAACAAUCAUGACAUUAUUGCAAGUACAGAAAGAAGCUGAGACACAAGAUGUAGAUUUACGUAAUAAAAUUGCUUAUGUAAUUAUGUUGUAUUUACCAGGAAUAGCAAGUGGCUUAUUGGAAAUUGCUGUUGGUAAUGAUAUUCAAAAUCACAAAAUUACAAUGAUGGCCAUUCGAGUGUGGAGUAAAGCGCUUAAUCUUGUUAUGCAGGAUAUGCUCGAAGAAGAAAGUAAAGUAGUACCUUUAAAUACAUUUGAUUUCAAUAAUAUAAAAUCUAAAGAUCUUAAUACUAUUGAAAAAAUAAAACAUAUUUUAAAAACUUCCCAAAGAACUCCUGAUUGGUACGCCGAAGUGUCUGAAAAAUUAAAAAUUAUCCUUGUAGAGUUAAACACUUUAACUAAGCAUUCACACUAUAAAGUUCGAAAAGAGCUUGUUGAGGGUGUUAGCCUUAUAUUAUUAAAUUGUUCUAGAAAUAUGAAAUCUUGUUUUCAAAUUUUAUUAAACAUUUUAAUAACAAUGUCAGAAGAUGAGAAUGAACAAGUUGCUAAAAAGGCUAGAAAUGCUUUACAAAAUAUUCAAGAUAAAUUUCAUCAAGAUAAAAGCAUGAAAUCAAUCGUUGAAAUGCUGGAAGAAAAUUUGUACGAUCUAUUAACAGAAAUGCCUAGAAUUAUUAGAACCUCGACUGAAUUAUUGCAGCUGAUGUGGCUCGAUCGUUUGGCCGGAUAUUUGAAACUUUUUGGAAAACAAAGACUAUCACUAAUUUUACUUUCAACGGCACAUUUACGAAAAUUACUAUUGAGUCUUAUAUAUAUAACUGAACUUGAUAGUAGUAGUAUCUCAUUAUUGGAAGAUAUUUCGACAAUUGAUUUUGACGACACUGUAUAUCAUGAGGCAGCUUAUUCAUGGAAGCAGCAUAAAUUUCUGUUUAAUUCGACCUGCGUCGAAAAAUUGAAUUGUAUCUUUCGAAUUCUUGGAGAAUUCGGAGAUCACAAAUUAUUAGUUGAUAGCAUUUUAAAAAUGAUACUUGAGUUACCAAAAUUUAAAAAGGAAUUAAUUUUAAUGCUGAAUGUUAUACUGGGAGUAUCUACGGAUUCAUCCGUGCAAAUUUCGAUAUAUAAGCAAGUUAUUGAAUUCUAUACGACAUCGGAUUAUUGGGACUUACCUAUUGAAGUUUCUGAAGAAAUUACGCUUCAUGUAGCCCAAAAUAACAUCGUUCAGUGCUGUCUCCUUCUUGAAGGUCUUGGUAUAAUAGCAAAAGUUUUACAAGAAAAAUAUCAAGAUUUUCUUUUAAAAACCUUGUAUAUAGUGAUUGAAAGAGCAGGCAAUAAGCAUAGUUUGUUAAGGAGUUUAGGUCUUUCGACUCUUGAAAUUAUUACAACGUCACAAAAAUUAAAUACAGUAGGAGAUUUAUUUCGCGUAAAUUGUGACUAUAUAUCUUAUCAUGUAACUGUAAAACUACGUAGAGUAGAAAGAAAUCCAGGGGUCUUAAAUGUUGUAGAGGUUGUAACGAAAUACAGCACAAUGGACUUUCUUCCACAAUUAAAAGAGAUUGUUUAUGACUUACUUUUACAAUCUGGUUCUAAUAUUCAAAAACGUAACACACUGUCUUUUCUUAAAGUUUUUUAUGCAUUUGUGAUAUGCAUUAAACGAUUAACGUCUAAAAGUGAUUCUGAGAAUAAACAUGAACCAAAGUGUCUUAAGCCAUCAGAAAUUGUUAUAAAUAACUUUUUACAAUAUUACAAUUCUGUGAAAGAUUCAAAAUUAUAUGAAAAUGAAAACAAUGAUUGUGACACGGAUGAGAAUGUAAAUAAUAUUUCCGAAGCCGAUACAAAUGCAGAUUUUCAUCGAAACUCUGACUUUAGUGAAGAUGAAAAAGAAGCCGAAGUUCCUUAUUUUAUCACUAUGAUUAAAGAUAUUAUGAAACAUUGUUUGCAUUUUUUGCCAUCGUCAAACUUUAAUGAAUCGUCAUUAGCAAUAUCGAUAUUGAAAGAAGGUGCUUUUAUUUUGAAGGAAUCAGAAAAUGUGCUGUUACCUAUAGUACACGAGCUUUGGCAUCCAUUGAUUCAUAGGUUUCAAAAUUCAAAUCCACUCAUAAUGAAUCAAGCAUUCCAAUUAUUAUGCUGCUUGUGUCAAGUGUCUCAAGAUUUUAUUCGCUCAAGAACUCUAAAACAAAUAUUACCACAAUUAUCAAAUUUCUUAACAAACUCUGCUAAAGAAAGUUAUAAAAAGAAUUCAAGGUGUAUUUAUAAAUAUACUCAAACAUUUAAAUUACAAAGAGAAAUUUUAUCGCAAUUAGGAUUUAUUGUAAAAAAUUUAAAAUUAUUUGAAAAAGAUACAUGGGAUAUUUUAGAGACCGUUGAACCCUAUCUCGAUAGCUCACAACAUCAACAACUUCAGGAAUACUGUGUAAAUUUGUACAAAGAUGUUUCUGAUUAUAAUACGGAUCUUGUUUGGAUGAAGUGUAUUGAUAUUUGGCAUCGACAUGUAGAAACUGUGGUCCCUGUAUGCGAUUAUAGCGAAUGGUAUUCCAAGGCAAUGGAUUUUAAUGGCAAAAAUAAUUAUUACAAAAAUAUACAACAAAUUUUAACAUACAUACGUGUAAAGCGUGAAAGAUUGUAA